AUGAGAAAAGGAAAAGUGAGAUUAUGGCCGUUGGAUCUAGAGAAGGAUAGAGUAUAAACCGUUGAUGUAAAAUUAAAUCAGAAAUGGAGAGUAAUAUUAUCUUUUUUGUUUUGCCGAGUGCAAGAAGAAGAAGAAGAAUGGCGCUACGGAUAGGUUCUUCCACGGCGCCACUCAACUUCAGCUUUAACUUCAAAUGGCGCCCGCGCCCCAACUCAGUAGUUUCAUUCCCAAUCCACGAAUCCAAUCGCGUCAGAGCCGCUGUUAUUCUCUGCCGCGCCGCCAAUUCACACUCUGGUCCCGUCCAGAAGAAACGAAACUCGUCCGCGGCCAAUACUAAGAAGAAGAAGAAAAACAAGAACAAGACUAACUCUGCACCCGAAUCUGACGAUUCUAACCCUUUGAGUUUCACCAAGUUUGAUAUUCCGCACGAUUUUGACGAUGAUGGCCUCGAAUUUGGCGCUUCUGAUUCGGAUUUCGAUUUGGAUUUGGAUUACCGACCUUCUUCUUCUUCUCCUAUGCCGCUGCCAGAACCGCCAGCUGGAUUCCUCGUAGGCGACGACGGCAAGGUUCUCCUUACUUCAACAAAUCGACUUGCCACCAUUGUUGAUCCAUCCAACAAGCUUCCAUUGGAGUGUGUUAUAAGGAGAGUCUUCAGAAGUUCCAAUGGAGACGAGUGUUUGUUGCUCUGCCCAGUCGACAUGCCAGUCCAGAUAUUAAAGAGCACGAAUGUUGAUGGAUGGUCAGCUGUCAGUGAUGAGGAAGUUGAAUCUAUUGUUCCAGCUGCAGCUUAUGCACUUGCCAAGAUACAGAUGCAUCUUGUUCAUAGUGGGUACUGUUAUACAGCACGUGGUGGUUUUUGCUACUCAGAAGAAGACAUAUUUGAGUUUCACACAGAUGAUGGUAAGGAAGUCGAUGGUUUGCCAACUGAAGGUGUGGAAAUUACGUAUUUCAAUUUGGAAGGUGCCCAGUACAUGAUUUAUACGCCAUCUGAUCCACUUCUUUUUGUUGCUGUCAAGGACGAGAAGGGGAUGCUACAAAUUGCCGAUGAUGACUUGCUUGAAGAUCCUGCCAUCAUAGAUGCGAUAGAUGAGGAGACGGAAUUUAAUGCCUUGGUGGAAGAAGAAGCUGCACUUCAUGAUUCAAUGAUGGAUGAGAGUUAACUUAUGUACUUUUUUUGGCAAUCUUACUUGCAGUAUUUAGUUUUCCACUGUCUUGUGUAUAUGAUCAAAUUUUGUAAGUGUGCUAUAUUUUAUAGUUGACAAUUGGGUUGAUAUAGACUUCACGUCUGGAGGAUGUUCGAGAAUUCCCUCACUUGAACCCCAAAAUAAUGUUUCUUUUA